AUGAUUCCUGCCAGAUUUGCCAGAGUACUGCUUGCUGUGGCCCUCGUCUUGCCAGGGACCCUUUGUGCAGAAGGGACUCGCGGCAGGUCAUCCAUGGCCCGAUGCAGCCUCUUCGGAAGUGACUUCAUCAACACCUUUGAUGGGAGCAUGUACAGCUUUGCGGGAUACUGCAGUUACCUCUUGGCAGGGGACUGCCAGAAACGUUCCUUUUCGAUUAUUGGGGACUUCCAGAGUGGCAAGAGAGUGAGCCUCUCCGUGUAUCUUGGGGAAUUUUUUGACAUCCAUUUGUUUGUCAAUGGUACUGUGACACAGGGGGACAAAAGAGUCUCCAUGCCCUAUGCCUCCAAAGGGCUGUAUCUAGAAACUGAGGCUGGGUACUACAAGCUGUCCGGUGAGGCCUACGGCUUUGUGGCCAGGAUUGAUGGCAGUGGCAACUUUCAAGUCCUGCUGUCAGACAGAUACUUCAACAAGACCUGCGGGCUAUGUGGCAACUUUAACAUCUUUGCUGAAGAUGACUUUAUGACCCAAGAAGGGACCGUGACCUCAGACCCCUAUGACUUUGCCAACUCAUGGGCUCUGAGCAGUGGAGAACAGUGGUGUGAACGGGCAUCUCCUCCCAGCAGCUCGUGCAACAUCUCCUCUGGGGAAAUGCAGAAGGGCCUGUGGGAGCAGUGCCAGCUUCUGAAGAGCACUUCGGUGUUUGCCCGCUGCCACCCUCUGGUGGACCCCGAGCCUUUCGUGGCCCUGUGUGAGAAGACUUCGUGUGAGUGUGCUGGGGGACUGGAGUGCACAUGCCCUGCCUUCCUGGAGUAUGCCCGGACCUGUGCCCAGGAGGGAAUGGUGCUAUAUGGCUGGACCGACCACAGCGCGUGCAGCCCAGUGUGCCCUGCGGGUAUGGAGUAUAAGCAGUGUGUGUCCCCUUGCGCCAGGACCUGUCAGAGCCUGCACGUCAAUGAAGUAUGUCAGGAGCGAUGCAUGGAUGGCUGCAGCUGCCCUGAGGGACAGCUCCUCGAUGAAGGCCUCUGCGUGGAGAGCACCGAGUGUCCCUGCAUGCAUUCCGGAAAGCGCUACCCUCCCAGUGCCUCCCUCUCUCGAGACUGCAACACCUGCAUUUGCCGAAACAGCCAGUGGAUCUGCAGCAAUGAAGAAUGUCCAGGGGAGUGCCUCGUCACGGGCCAAUCCCACUUCAAGAGCUUUGACAACAGAUACUUCACCUUCAGUGGGAUCUGCCAGUACCUGCUGGCCUGGGAUUGCCAGGACCACUCCUUCUCCAUUGUCAUUGAGACUGUCCAGUGUGCUGACGACCCCGAUGCUGUGUGCACCCGCUCCGUCACCGUUCGGCUGCCUGGCCUGCACCACAGCCUCGUGAAGAUGAAGCAUGGGGGAGGAGUUGCCAUGGAUGGCCAGGACGUCCAGCUCCCCCUCCUGAAAGGUGACCUCCGCAUCCAGCAUUCAGUGACGGCCUCCGUGCGCCUCAGCUACGGAGAGGACCUGCAGAUGGACUGGGACGGCCGCGGGAGGCUGCUGGUGAAGCUGUCCCCCGUCUACGCCGGGAAGACCUGUGGCCUGUGUGGCAAUUACAAUGGCAACCAGGGCGACGACUUCCUUACUCCCUCUGGGCUGGCGGAGCCCCGCGUGGAGGACUUCGGGAACGCCUGGAAGCUGCACGGGGACUGCCAGGACCUGCAGAAGCAGCACAGCGAUCCCUGCGCCCUCAACCCGCGCAUGACCAGGUUCUCAGAGGAGGCAUGCGCGGUCCUGACGUCCCCCACGUUCGAGGCCUGCCACCGUGCCGUCAGCCCGCUGCCCUACCUGCGGAACUGCCGCUACGACGUGUGCUCCUGCUCGGACGGUCGCGAGUGCCUGUGCGGCGCCCUGGCCAGCUAUGCCGCGGCCUGCGCGGGGAAAGGCGUGCGCGUCGCGUGGCGUGAGGCUGGCCGCUGCGAGCUGAAAUGCCCGAAAGGCCAGGUGUACCUGCAGUGCGGGAACCCCUGCAACCUGACCUGCCGCGCGCUCUCUUACCCGGAUGAGGAAUGCAAUGAGGCCUGCCUGGAGGGCUGCUUCUGCCCCCCAGGGCUCUACAUGGAUGAGAUGGGGGAUUGCGUACCCAAGGCUCAGUGCCCUUGUUACUAUGAUGGUGAGAUCUUCCAGCCGGAAGACAUCUUCUCAGAUCAUCACACCAUGUGCUACUGUGAGGAUGGCUUCAUGCACUGCACCAUGAGUGGAGUCCCCGGAAGCUUGCUGCCCGACGCUGUCCUCAGCAGUCCCCUGUCUCACCGCAGCAAAAGGAGCCUAUCCUGUCGGCCCCCCAUGGUCAAGCUGGUGUGUCCCGCUGACAACCCGCGUGCUGAAGGACUCGAGUGUGCCAAGACAUGCCAGAACUACGACCUGGAGUGCAUGAGCAUGGGCUGUGUCUCUGGCUGUCUCUGCCCCCCGGGCAUGGUCCGGCAUGAAAACAGAUGUGUGGCCCUGGAAAGGUGUCCCUGCUUCCAUCAGGGCAAGGAGUAUGCCCCCGGAGAAGCAGUGAAGAUUGACUGCAAUACUUGUGUCUGUCGGGACCGGAAGUGGAACUGCACAGACCACGUGUGUGACGCCACGUGCUCCACGAUUGGCAUGGCCCACUACCUCACCUUCGACGGGCUCAAAUACAUGUUCCCCGGGGAGUGCCAGUACGUUCUGGUGCAGGAUUACUGCGGCAGUAACCCUGGGACCUUUCGGAUCCUGGUGGGGAAUGAGGGAUGCAGCCACCCCUCAGUGAAAUGCAAGAAACAUGUCACCAUCCUGGUGGAGGGAGGAGAGAUUGAGCUGUUCGAUGGGGAGGUGAAUGUGAAGAGGCCCAUGAAGGAUGAGACUCACUUUGAGGUGGUGGAGUCUGGCCGGUACAUCAUUCUGCUGUUGGGCAAAGCCCUCUCCGUGGUCUGGGACCACCACCUGAGCAUCUCCGUGGUCCUGAAGCAGACAUACCAGGAGAAAGUGUGUGGCCUGUGUGGGAAUUUUGAUGGCGUCCAGAACAAUGACCUCACCAGCAGCAACCUUCAAGUGGAGGAAGACCCUGUGGAGUUUGGGAACUCCUGGAAAGUGAGCUCGCAGUGUGCUGACACCAGAAAAGUACCUCUGGACUCAUCCCCUGCCACCUGCCAUAACAACCUCAUGAAGCAGACGAUGGUGGAUUCCUCCUGUAGAAUCCUUACCAGUGACGUCUUCCAGGACUGCAACAAGCUGGUGGACCCUGAGCCAUUCCUGGAUGUCUGCAUAUAUGACACCUGCUCCUGUGAGUCCACUGGGGACUGCGCCUGCUUCUGCGACACCGUUGCUGCCUAUGCCCACGUGUGUGCCCAGCACGGCAAGGUGGUGACCUGGAGGACAGCCACAUUGUGCCCCCAGAGCUGCGAGGAGAGGAAUCUCCGGGAAAACGGGUAUGAGUGUGAGUGGCGCUAUAACAGCUGUGCACCUGCCUGUCGAGUCACGUGCCAGCACCCCGAGCCGCUGGCCUGCCCUGUGCAGUGUGUGGAGGGCUGCCAUGCCCACUGCCCUCCAGGGAAAAUCCUGGAUGAGCUUUUGCAGACUUGCGUCAGCCCCGAAGACUGUCCGGUGUGUGAGGCGGCUGGCCGGCGUUUUGCCUCAGGAAAGAAAGUCACCUUGAAUCCCAGCGACCCUGAGCACUGCCAGAUUUGCCACUGUGAUGGUGUCAACUUCACUUGUGAAGCCUGCGAGGAGCCGAGAGGCCUUGUGGUGCCUCCCACAGAUGCCCCGGUGAGCCCCACCACUCCGUAUGUGGAGGACAUCUCAGAAGCGCCCUUGCACGAUUUCUACUGCAGCAGGCUACUGGACCUGGUCUUCCUGCUGGAUGGCUCCUCCAGGCUGUCCGAGGCUGAGUUUGAAGUGCUGAAGGCCUUUGUGGUGGACAUGAUGGAGCGGCUGCGCAUCUCCCAGAAGUGGGUCCGCGUGGCCGUCGUGGAGUACCACGAUGGCUCCCACGCCUACAUCGGGCUCAAGGACCGGAAACGACCGUCAGAGCUGCGGCGCAUUGCCAGCCAGGUGAAGUAUGCGGGCAGCCAGGUGGCCUCCACCAGUGAGGUCUUGAAAUACACCCUGUUCCAAAUCUUUGGCAAGAUCGACCGCCCUGAAGCCUCCCGCAUCGUCCUGCUCCUGAUGGCCAGCCAGGAGCCCCAACGGAUGUCCCGGAACUUUGUCCGCUACGUCCAGGGCCUGAAGAAGAAGAAGGUCAUCAUAAUCCCGGUGGGCAUUGGGCCCCAUGCCAACCUCAAACAGAUCCGCCUUGUUGAGAAGCAGUCCCCUGAGAACAAGGCCUUCGUGCUGAGCGGUGUGGAUGAGCUGGAGCAGCAAAGGGAUGAGAUUGUUAGCUACCUCUGUGACCUUGCCCCUGAAGCCCCUCCUCCUACUCUGGCCCCCGACAUGGCACAAGUCACUGUGGGCCCAGGGCUCUUGGGGGUUUCGACCCUGGGGCUCAAGAGGAACUCCAUGGUUCUGGAUGUGGCAUUUGUCCUGGAAGGAUCGGACAACAUUGGUGAAGCCGACUUCAACAGGAGCAAGGAGUUCAUGGAGGAGGUGAUUCAGCGGAUGGAUGUGGGCCAGGACGGCAUCCACGUCACGGUACUGCAGUACUCCUAUACGGUGGCGGUGGAGUACCCCUUCAGCGAGGCACAGUCCAAAGGGGACAUCCUGCAGCGGGUGCGAGAGAUCCGCUACCAGGGCGGCAACAGGACCAACACGGGGCUGGCCCUGCAGUACCUCUCCGAGCACAGCUUCCUGGUCAGCCAGGGUGACCGGGAGCAGGCGCCCAACCUGGUCUACAUGGUCACUGGAAAUCCUGCCUCUGAUGAGAUCAAGAGGUUGCCUGGAGACAUCCAGGUGGUGCCCAUUGGAGUGGGCCCUCAUGCCAACGUGCAGGAACUGGAGAGGAUUGGCUGGCCCAAUGCCCCCAUCCUCAUCCAGGACUUUGAGACGCUCCCCCGAGAGGCUCCUGACCUGGUGCUGCAGAGCUGCUGCUCCGGAGAGGGGCUGAAGAUCCCCACCCUCUCCCCUCCCCCUGACUGCAGCCAGCCCCUGGAUGUGAUCCUUCUCCUGGAUGGCUCCUCCAGUUUCCCAGCUUCUUAUUUUGAUGAAAUGAAGAGUUUUGCCAAGGCUUUCAUUUCAAAAGCCAAUAUAGGGCCUCAUCUCACUCAGGUGUCUGUGCUGCAGUAUGGAAGCAUCACCAACAUUGACGUGCCGUGGAAUGUGGCCCUGGAGAAAGCCCAUUUGCUGAGCCUUGUGGACGUCAUGCAGCGGGAGGGAGGCCCCAGCCAAAUCGGGGAUGCUUUGGGCUUUGCUGUGCGAUACUUGACUUCAGAAAUGCAUGGUGCCAGGCCGGGAGCCUCGAAGGCUGUGGUCAUCCUGGUCAUGGACGUCUCUGUGGAUUCGGUGGAUGCAGCAGCUGAUGCCGCCAGAUCCAACAGAGUGACAGUGUUCCCUAUUGGAAUUGGAGAUCGCUACGAUGCAGCCCAGCUAAGGAUCUUGGCAGGCCCAGCAGGUGACUCUAACGUGGUGAAGCUCCAGCGAAUCGAAGACCUCCCUACCAUGGUCACCUUGGGCAAUUCCUUCCUCCACAAACUGUGUUCUGGAUUUGUUAGGAUUUGCAUGGAUGAAGAUGGGAAUGAGAAGAGGCCUGGGGACGUCUGGACCUUGCCAGACCAGUGCCACACUGUGACUUGCCAGCCAGAUGGCCAGACCUUACUGAAGAGUCAUCGGGUCAACUGUGACCGGGGGCUGAGGCCUUCAUGCCCCAACAGCCAGUCCCCUGUUAAAGUGGAAGAGACCUGUGGCUGCCGCUGGACCUGUCCCUGCGUGUGCACAGGCAGCUCCACUCGGCACAUCGUGACCUUUGAUGGGCAGAAUUUCAAGCUGACUGGCAGCUGUUCUUACGUCCUAUUUCAAAACAAGGAGCAGGACCUGGAGGUGAUUCUCCAUAAUGGUGCCUGCAGCCCUGCAGCAAGGCAGGGCUGCAUGAAAUCCAUCGAGGUGAAGCACAGUGCCCUCUCUGUUGAGCUGCACAGUGACAUGGAGGUGACAGUGAAUGGGAGACUGGUCUCUGUUCCUUAUGUGGGUGGGAACAUGGAAGUCAACGUUUAUGGUGCCAUCAUGCAUGAGAUCAGAUUCAACCAUCUUGGCCACAUCUUCACGUUCACUCCUCAAAACAAUGAGUUCCAACUGCAACUCAGCCCCAAGACUUUUGCUUCAAAGACGUAUGGUCUCUGUGGGAUCUGUGAUGAGAAUGGAGCCAAUGACUUCAUGCUGAGGGAUGGUACAGUCACCACAGACUGGAAAGCACUUGUUCAGGAAUGGACUGUGCAGCGCCCAGGGCAGACAUGCCGGCCCAUUCUGGAAGAGCAGUGUCUUGUCCCCAACAGCUCCCAGUGCCAGGUCCUCCUCUCAGCACUGUUUGCUGAAUGCCACAAGGUCCUGGCUCCAGCCACAUUCUAUGCCAUCUGCCAGCAGGACAGUUGCCACCGGGAGCAAGUGUGUGAGGUGAUCGCCUCGUAUGCCCACCUCUGUCGGACCAAUGGGAUCUGCGUUGACUGGAGGACACCUGAUUUCUGUGCUAUGUCAUGCCCACCAUCCCUGGUCUACAACCCCUGUGAGCGUGGCUGUCCCCGGCACUGCGAUGGCAACGUGAGCUCCUGUGGGGACCAUCCCUCAGAAGGCUGUUUCUGUCCUCCAAAUAAAGUCAUGUUGGAAGGCAGCUGUGUCCCUGAAGAGGCCUGCACUCAGUGCAUUGGUGAGGAUGGAGUCCAGCACCAGUUCUUGGAAGCCUGGGUCCCGGACCACCAGCCCUGUCAGAUCUGCACAUGCCUCAGCGGGCGGAAGGCCAACUGCACAAUGCAGCCCUGCCCCACGGCCAAAGCUCCCACCUGCGGCCUGUGUGAAGUGGCCCGCCUCCGCCAGAAUGCAGACCAGUGCUGCCCCGAGUAUGAGUGCGUGUGUGAUCCGGAGAGCUGUGACCUGCCCCCAGUGCCUCACUGUGAAGGUGGCCUCCAGCCCACGCUGACCAACCCUGGCGAGUGCAGACCCAUCUUCACGUGCGCCUGCAGGAAGGAGGAGUGCAAAAGGGUGUCCCCACCCUCCUGCCCCCCGCACCGUUUGCCCACCCUUCGGAAGACCCAGUGCUGUGAUGAGUAUGAGUGUGCCUGCAACUGUGUCAACUCCACAGUGAGCUGUCCCCUUGGGUACUUGGCCUCAACCGCCACCAAUGACUGUGGCUGCACCACAACCACCUGCCUUCCCGACAAGGUGUGUGUCCACCGAAGCACCAUCUACCCGGUGGGCCAGUUCUGGGAGGAGGGCUGUGACGUGUGCACCUGCACUGACAUGGAGGAUGCUGUGAUGGGCCUCCGUGUGGUCCAGUGCUCCCAGAAGCCCUGUGAAGACAGCUGUCGGUCGGGCUUCACUUAUGUUCUGCAUGAAGGCGAGUGCUGUGGAAGGUGCCUGCCAUCGGCCUGUGAAGUGGUGACGGGCUCACCACGGGGGGACUCCCAGUCUUCCUGGAAGAGUGUCGGCUCCCACUGGGCCUCCCCGGAGAACCCCUGCCUCAUCAAUGAGUGUGUCCGAGUGAAGGAGGAGGUCUUUGUACAACAAAGGAACGUCUCCUGUCCCCAGCUGGAGGUCCCUGUCUGCCCCUCGGGCUUUCAGCUGAGCUGUAAGACCUCAGCGUGCUGCCCGAGCUGUCGCUGUGAGCCCGUGGAGGCCUGCAUGCUCAAUGGCACUAUGAUUGGGCCUGGGAAGAGUGUGAUGAUCGAUGCAUGCACGACCUGCCGCUGCACAGUGCAGGUGGGGAUCAUCUCUGGAUUCAAGCUGGAGUGCAGGAAGACCACCUGCAAUCCCUGCCCCCUGGGUUACAAGGAAGAAAAUAACACAGGAGAAUGUUGUGGGAGAUGUUUGCCUACAGCUUGCACCAUUCGGCUAAGAGGAGGACAGAUCCUGACACUGAAGCGUGAUGAGACGCUCCAGGAUGGCUGUGAUACUCACUUCUGCAAGGUCAAUGAGAGAGGAGAGUACUUCUGGGAGAAGAGGGUCACAGGCUGCCCGCCCUUUGAUGAACACAAGUGUCUGGCUGAGGGAGGUAAAAUUAUGAAAAUUCCGGGCACCUGCUGUGACACAUGUGAGCAGCCGGAGUGCAAUGACAUCACUGCCAGGCUGCAGUAUGUCAAAGUGGGAAGCUGUAAGUCCGAAGUAGAGGUGGAUAUCCACUACUGCCAGGGCAAAUGUGCCAGCAAAGCCAUGUACUCCAUUGACAUCAACGAUGUGCAGGACCAGUGCUCCUGCUGUUCUCCAACACGGACGGAGCCCAUGCAGGUGCCCCUGCACUGCACCAAUGGCUCUGUUGUGUACCACGAGGUUCUCAAUGCCAUGCAGUGCGAAUGUUCCCCCAGGAAGUGCAGCAAGUGAGGCUGCUGCAGCUGCAUGGGUGCCUGCUGCUGCCUGCCUUGGCCUGACAGGCCAGAGUGCUGCCAGUCCUCUGCAUGUUCUGCUCUUGUGCCUUUCUGGGCCCACAAUAAAGGCUGAGCUCUUAGCUUGCA